GACUGGUGGGUCAUUUUUGUUUAUUUUAUGUACACGAGAAAAAGAAAACAAAAAAUUAAAACAAAAAUCCACAGACCAUCUUCCCGCUUCUUCUUGAAUCUCAUAUCUUCUUCUAAACUAUUGUCAUUUCUGUAGAUAGAGAGAAAGAGAGAGAGAGUAUCUCACUCUCUCUCGUUCACUCAUUCAGUCGCUCGCUCACUCUUUAUCUUUUCUCUUCAGAAAGAUAAAGGAAGUAAGUUAUGCAUGGAUACUAAGCAGAAACAAAAACAAAAAGCGAACAGUGUGUUUUACUUACUAGUUUGAGUAGCUAGCUAAGCUAUGUGGCAAUGGACACCCCAGAGAAGAAGACCCAGAUCACCACUCCUCUUUCUAAAUUUGAGGAUUCCCCUGUCUUCAACUAUAUCAACAGUCUUUCUCCUAUCAAGCCUGUGAAGUCCAUACAUAUUACUCAGACAUUCCAAUCUCUUAGUUUUUCAUCUCUUCCUUCCAUUUUCACUUCUCCCCAUGUUAGCUCUCACAAGGAAUCGAGGUUCCUAAGAAGGCACAACAACUCAGAUCCAAGGAAACCCGAGCUUCCCUCUCAAAAUGGGAAUAAAGUUGGUAGUAAUGAAGGGGCUACCUUGGAUGUAGCUCAGCUGUAUGAUGAUAACUCAUCUGAACUACAGGAAACUUUUGAUCCAGUGGUGUCCAUUGGAGAAGUUUCUGUUGAACCUUCCAGUGAACAGGUGAAGUUUGCAAUUGAGCUGCCAAGAAGGUUGAAAUACGAUUGUGGUAGCCCAGAAAACGAUGCAACGCCUUGUUGUGGUCCUCAAGUGGAUUGUGUGUCAAAAUUGACUGGCAUGUCUGCAUUAGAGGUAUCUCAAAAAUGUUUACCUGAACAUGAAGCACAUCUACAGGGGAUGUACCAUACUGAGCAGAAAAAGGAAUCUAUGGAGUGUGACUGGGAGAUGAUAUCAGAUGCUGCUGACCUAUUGAUUUUUAGUUCACCAAUUGAUACAGAGUCUUUCAAGGUGCUCAUGCAGAAAUCCAUGGGUCCUAGUAAACAACAUGAUUUGGAAAAUCCUUCAACUCAACCUGGAGAAACUAUUGAGCCAAAGGAAAUGAACCAGACAUGGGACAACGUUGAUGCUAAUAACGUUCCAAAUAAGGAAGUGAAUAAUGAGGUGGAAACAUCUAUGCAAACCCAGGCUGUUUCUAAUUUGCAUCGUGGCAUGCGAAGGCGCUGUCUAGAUUUUGAGAUGGUUGGAGCUCGUAGGAAAAACUUAGUUGAUGGUUCAACUUCAAGUACUUCAAUAGGGGGGCAACCAGAUGAGAAGAUUGCCUCUACAGAUAAGCAACUGGUUCCUGUUAAGCCUGGUGGUGAUUCUUCAAAAUGUGUUUUACCUGGAAUAGGUUUGCACUUAAAUGCUUUGGCAAUAACUUCCAAGGGUAGCAAAAGUGUGAAGCUUGAAAAUUUGUCUUGUGGAAUAAGUUUGGCCAGCUCUGUUGCUUCCUUUCACUCCCUACCUACUUGCGAAGAACUUAAUGAAUCAUUAUUGCCUUUAGCCCCUGAAAGAGACACGGAUCCAACUGAAGAUGGUGUACCACUUGUAGAAGAUGUUUCUCAGGCAUCUGCUUGUUUAGUUACUGAAGAGUUCGUUCAUAGUAGCCCCAAAAAGAAGAGGCGUAAAUUGGAAGGAGAAGGUGAGGCCUGCAAGCGUUGUAACUGUAAGAAAUCAAAGUGUUUGAAACUUUACUGUGAAUGUUUUGCUGCUGGUGUCUACUGCAUAGAACCAUGUUCAUGUCAAGAAUGUUUCAACAAGCCUAUUCAUGAAGAUACUGUUCUUGCAACUCGCAAACAGAUCGAGUCUCGCAACCCACUUGCAUUUGCUCCAAAAGUGAUUAGGAGCUCUGAACCUGUAACUGAAAUUGGGGAUGAAUUCAGCAAAACGCCUGCCUCAGCACGGCAUAAAAGAGGAUGCAACUGCAAGAAAUCCAAUUGCCUAAAAAAAUACUGCGAAUGCUAUCAGGGUGGUGUUGGAUGCUCCAUUAACUGCAGAUGCGAAGGGUGCAAGAAUGCAUUUGGUAGAAAGGAUGGAUCUGCUCCAUCAGAAACAGAAGCUGAACCAGAAGAAGAAACGGAAGGAGAUGAAAACAAUGGGGCAGACAAAGUCGCACAGAACAUUGAAAUUGAGAAUAACGAAGAGCAAAUUCCAAAUUCUGCUCUUCCCAUGACACCAUUACCGCUUUGCAGACCACUGCUUCAGCUGCCAUUUUCAUCAAAGAGCAAACCACCAAGAUCUUUUCUUGGUAUUGGAUCAUCUUCUGGAUUGUAUACCAGCCAAAAAUAUGGCAAACCUAAUAUUCUCAGACCUGAACAAAAGUUUGAGAAACAAUUACAAACUGUUCCAGACGAUGACAUGCCAGAGGUUCUCAGAGGCAACUAUACUCCCAGCACUGGCAUCAAGACUUCUCCCAACAGCAAGAGGGUCUCUCCACCACAGAGUAUUUUAGGAUCAUCGCCCGGUCUGAGGAGUGGCCGGAAGUUGAUAUUACAAUCCAUACCUUCGUUUCCUUCUCUCACUCCCCAGCAUUGAAAUGUAAUCUUUCUCAUAGAAUGUCAGAUGAAUUUUUUUAAAACCUUUGUUGUGUUUAGACUUAAUUAAAUGUAGUUCUCAGUUCUCACCUUGUAUAAAAAUUUGCUACCUUGUUCUCAUAAUGUCCAAGUACUUCAAGUCAAUGUAUAAUAUGGUAAUUCUGUUUUUACUAAUAAUAAUUCUUUUCUGGGUUAGACCAUA